AUUGUUUAUUUUCGGACUGCUUCUCGAUAAUUAGUUUAAUGACGUGGAUCCAUAGUUUUUGUUUUUUUUUUCGCUUGAUAGCGCAAACGACCUUGUUUGUAUUGAUGUACAUUAUUAGUGUGUUAAUUUCUAUCAUAAUUUACAUGACGGACUGCGUUGAAGACACUAAUCAUGAUCCCCUGUCAGCUCCGACACCACAAACUCCUGGCUCUGCAGACCCUAAGCUGGAUAAGAAGAAACCCAAUGAGAAUGUUUGCUUAGCUGAUAAUAGCUUGCUGGUGGACAUAUCAGACGCUCUAAGCGAGAAAGAAAAAGUAAAAUUCACGGUGCAUACUAAAACAACAUUGCCAGAGUUCCAAAAGUCUGAGUUCAUAGUAGUGCGGCAACAUGAAGAGUUUGUGUGGCUGCAUGAUCGAUAUGAGGAGAAUGAGGAGUAUGCUGGAUAUAUUAUCCCCCCGGCGCCUCCGCGGCCGGACUUCGACGCGUCUCGAGAGAAGCUGCAGCGCCUCGGCGAGGGGGAAGGCGCCCUCACCCGCGAGGAGUUCCUCAAGAUGAAGGAGGAACUUGAGGAUGAAUAUCUAGCAACAUUCAAGAAGACAGUAGCAAUGCACGAAGUAUUUCUACAACGCCUCGCCGCACACCCGGUGUUUAGGAACGACUCGCACCUGCGCGUGUUCUUAGAGUAUGAACAGGAUUUGUGCGCUAAGCCUAGAGGCAGGAUGGAUCUUAUUGGUGGAUUGAUGCGUUCAAUGACAACAACAACGGACGAGAUAUACUUAGGAGCUACAGUACGAGACGUGAACGAUUUCUUCGAGCAAGAGACCACGUUCCUACAAGAGUACUACUCGCACCUCAAAGAGGCAGUCGUUAAAGUUGACCGCAUGACUACUAAGCAUAAAGAGGUAGCAGACGCCCACAUAAGACUGUCUUCCUGCAUCACACAGUUAGCCACGCGGGAACAGCCCCCCACUGAGAGAUUCCUCACCAGAGCCGCCGAGACCUUUGACAAGUGCAGGAAAAUCGAGGGUCGCAUGGCGUCAGACCAGGAUCUGAAGCUAGCUGAUACCCUGAGGUAUUACAUGAGAGAUGCCCACGCUGCUAAGGCUGUCCUCGUCAGGAGACUCAGAUGUUUAGCUGCUUAUGAAGCCGCUAACAGGAAUCUUGAGAAGGCUAGAGCUAAGAAUAAGGAUGUACAUGCGCCUUUGGAGGUGCAAGAGGCGGAACAAGCUCAAGCGGACGCGUGCGCACGUUUCGAGCAGCUGUCGGCUCGCGCUCGCGAGGAGAUCAUCGACUUCCGCACACGACGAGUCGCUGCUUUUAAGAAGAGCCUCCUGGAUUUAGCUGAAUUGGAGAUCAAACACGCCAGAUCCCAACAGGAACUGUUUAGGAAAUCUCUGCAAGUUCUAAAGGAAUGUUAAAUAAUAAUAAUACAUUGCGUAUGUUACUGUAUACUUAUAAAUAUACUUUAUAUUCCAUGAGAUUCAUGAACUGAAGGACUGGACUGGUUCAAUAAUCGAUACUGUGAAUAAUCCGAUUAUUUUGUCUAUCGAUAUAUCGUAUCGAUAAAAUAUGACAGCAAUUUACAGCACAUAAACCUAAAUCAUCCGUCUAGACUUUUCCCAACUAUGUUGGGGUCGGCUUCCAGUCUAACCGGAUGCAGCUGAGUACCAGUGCUUUACAAGUUAAUCAAUUUACCUCUAAUCUGUCAAAUGUCUUCAAUGGAUUUUCAACCUUAUCACAAUAGUGGAAAGUUAAUGAUCGAUUGGUAAAAAUUGACUAGAAAUAGGUUGACCUGCUUGCGUCUGUAUAAUCCAGUGAUCUCUCGAGUAUUCAUCGAUCUUUGAUCGAGUUUCGAAUAUAUUAUAAUCGAUUGGGAUGUCUUGUGCUAAUGGAAUGAUAAUCGAGUAAUGUUGUAGCUUAUUUCUCAAUAUGGAUUGUAUUCUCGAUUGACACUUAAAAGAGUAAAUUUUUAUGAGUAUUUGAAUAUCCUAAAUACAGGAUGUUCUAUUUUAAAUAUCGCUGGUAUCGAUUAAAAUCGAUUAAUAUCAAGUAUCACAAUAUCUUCUUCAGUCCAGUCCGACAAUGUUUUUUUUAUAUUAUUAUUUUUAAUAUUAAUUAUUCAAACGUUUACGAAUAAAGUAUGAGUCAUUAGAUUUUUUUGCAAAUAUAUCGUUGUAUGUAGUAAAAAGUGAGUUGAGCAGUUUUUUUUUUCAGACUGAAAAAUCAUCUGUAGAAUUGUACGGUAUAAAUAAUCUAUUAAUUUUUGCAUAUAGAGUUUAGUCUAUGUAGAUUAAAUUAUAAAUUACAGGAUAAAUCUUUUUCAGUAAUAAAUAGCAUUUUUUCAUUAAUAUAUUAUGCAUUUUAGUUAGACUGUAUUUUUUUUCAAUGUAUAGUAAUAAAUGUAUUUUUCACAUUGGCAACACAGGAAAUUAAAACUAAUCUAAGAUUAGUUAAGUUGAUCUUUUUUUAUAUGCGGUGCAAAUAUUUUUUACUGUUUUUUUUUUAUAUGUUUAGGGCCGAUUUUUCAAUCACUAGAGAACUUUUAUCUGAAGAAUAUGUUUGACGUUUUGACAGCUUUUGUAUAGAAGAUAUGUCAAACCGCCAUAUUUGUUCCUCAGAUAUAAGUUAACUGAUGAUUAAAAAAUUGGCCUAUAAUAGGUUAAAGUUUAGUUACAACGUGAAACGUGGACCAAAAUUAGUUUUGUUGCUUUGUAUUGCUUUUUUAUGCACUCCCUUUUUAUAAGGUUCGGAAAUUCAAAAUGGUGAGCCCUUUUUAAAUUUUGAAAAUGCAGACCACUGGGUACUACUCUCGAAUUAAAGAUUUCAUUAUGUUUAAUAAUUACAAAAUCCUUUUCUCAUGAAAGCUUCUAGAAUAUGUUGGAAGAGGCUUAUUUCAAUAACUGUAAAUUAUCUACUUAAAGUAUUUGAGCAUAAGAACAUAUUACAAACCAUGUAUCUCAAAAUUGUGUUGAAUAUUUUUCCACACGUUUUUUUUGUAAAAUUAUGUAAAGCAAAAAUCAUCCUAUUCGAUGUUAAGUUUUAACUAAAUCACUUGUUUUGGCUAUGCAAUUUAAAUAGGUACAUUAUUUUGGAGCGACUCUUUGUGUAAGGCAAGAUUCUGCAAGAACAGCAGAAUUUUUUAAAAUUAAUUAUUCAAAAAAAAUCUUGCAGCGUAAUCCGAGUAUCUUGCAUCUUAGACCGAGUUUCUUGUGUUAAGUCCGAGUUUCUUGUGCUAAGUCCGAGUGUCUUGCAUCUUAGACCGAGUUUCUUGUGUAAAGUGCGAUUUUCUUGCAUCAUAGACCUAGUUUCUUGUGUUAAGUCCGAGUGUCUUGCAUCUUAGACCGAGUUUCUUGUGUAAAGUGCGAUUUUCUUGCAUCAUAGACCUAGUUUCUUGUGUUAAGUCCGAGUUUCUUGCAUUAUAGACCGAGUUUCUUGAGUUAAGGCCGAGAUUCUUGCUUCAAAGGUGGAGUUUCUUGUGUUAAGUCCGAGUUUCUUGCAUCCCGGUCCGAGUUUCUUGCUAUCAUAGUCCGAGAUUCUUGCAAUCUUGCCUUGCGUCAAACGUCAGACGGUCGCUGUAACCAAAGUCUUCGUACUACUUGUAUGUAAAGUGUAAGAGAAAUGUGUUAUUUUUAAAUGUUUAUAUUUUAAGAAAAUAUAUGAGUAUCCUUAUUUA